GUAUUUAACUUUAAAACACUAAACAAACUGUUCAUAACAUAAGCACAUGUGAUAUAUAAAUAUUUAUUGCAGUCAUUGUAAACACAUUUUGGCCACAAAUUGUAACCGAUUAUAACUACCGAAACAUCGAUUCAAUGGCCACCACCAUCACCACUAAGGCCGAUACGUUGAUUGUAUUACCGGGCGAAGACAUUACGCCGAUAAUUGCCAAAUAUAACGUGGACACCAGUACCGGCGUCAGCGGCGGCGGCCAAGUAAUGGUCGGUCCGGGAUUGAAACGCGAACCCAACUCACGGAUAAUGGCCGUCAAAUGUGGCCAAUUGAUUAACCGAAACAAUCGUGCCUUUUGGUUGGACUCGCACUUCAAACGAUACACGCCGUCCAAAGGUGACCGUAUUGUCGGCUUUGUGACCAGCAAACAGGCCUACCAGUGCAAAGUGGACAUCCGUUCAAACGAAGUGGCCGUACUGUCGUUGUUGGCCUUUCCCAACGCUACCAAACGCAACAAACCGCCGAUUGAGGUCGGCGAUGCCGUAUACGCUCAAGUGAUUACCGACUGUCCGUACGUCGAAGCCGAACUGGUAUGCGUGACCAGCGACGGCAAAAAAGGCGGUUUAGGUGUACUACCGAAUACUGGCUACGUGUUGACAGUGGCUACCGAUAUUUGUCGCCAAUUGUUGGCACCCGAUUCGCCAAUACUGAAAACACUGGGCAAACGAUUCAAGUUCGAGACGGCAAUCGGUAUGAACGGCAAUAUUUGGAUCAAUUCUGGCCAAUUGGAUACUACGCUGACGAUUGUCAACUUUAUUGAAUCGCUCGAACAUAUACCGAAACACCAGCAUCUGGCCCGCAGUCAACAGUUGGCCGAACAAACGUUUACCGGCAAACGGUAAUCAUCUCCCGUCGGGUAAUCACCCGAAAAAACAAAUGUCUAUUUGAUUUCAUCCAUUGAUUUCAUUGUUAUUAUUAUUAUUACUAUUGUUAUCAUUAAUAAUAAUAAUUAC